AUGCACUCAUUGAUUGCAGCUAACCUCACCGCGGGCACUAAUCCCUUGAUUCCUUCAGGAUUCAAACCUACAGUUGAUUUGAUCUUGAGCUAUGGUGGGUCGCAAGUAACAAUGGGCAACCUGUUUCCGACAACAGUAUGCACAAACCCACCAAACAUCAUGUUCUUCAGUGAAGACCCAACCAAGUGUUCUCUGAGCUACACCUUGAUGCUGAUAGAUCCAGACGCGCCAACUCCGCAAUCACCGAUUUACGCUGACUGGUGUCACUGGAUCCUACCAGGAUUGCGCCCAACCAGCUACAAUGAGAUAAUCAAAACGUUGUUGCCAAUUGUGCCAUACUAUCCCCCAGGCCCUGAUCCCAGCUCAGAUCCCCAUAGAUACAUCUUUUUGCUAUACCGGGAACCUUCUCCAAGCUUGGACAGCUAUGUCGCCCUCAAGUCUGAAAACAUCGGAAUUUCAAAUGCAAGCGCACUGACACGAAAAUCAUUCAACACUUCACUGUUUGUUGAGACUUAUCAGCUGACGCUGGUAGGAUUCAACUGGUUCAAAGCUGUAGAUAUCCAACGAUUCAAUGAGUUUAAAUGA